GACAUCAUCAGUCUGACCGGAGAGCUGCUGGGACGCUGCUGGUGGUUUGUAAGCUCCUCGGCCGGAACAAUAGGGAUCUUUGUAUCAACCCCUGGUAGUAGUAGUAGUCCUCAAAUCCGACAACAGGGAUCAGCCAUGCCUUUCGGUAACACACACAACCAGAUGAAGAUGAAGUACUCCUCGGAGCAGGAGUACCCGGACCUCAGCAAACACAACAAUCAUAUGGCCAAGGUCCUGACUGCUGCUAUGUACGAGCGGCUGAGGAGCAAACAGACACCCAGUGGAUUUACUCUGGAUGAUGUCAUUCAGACUGGGGUUGACAACCCAGGCCACCCCUUCAUCAUGACCGUGGGCUGCGUCGCCGGAGACGAGGAGUCCUAUGAGGUCUUCAAAGAGCUGCUGGACCCCGUGAUCGAGGACCGUCAUGGAGGAUACAAACCCACAGACAAGCACAAGACCGACCUCAACUCAGCCAACCUGAAGGGAGGUGAUGACCUCGACCCCAACUACGUCCUGAGCUCCCGAGUCCGCACAGGCCGCAGCGUCCGUGGCUUCUGCCUGCCACCUCACUGCAGCCGAGGAGAGAGGCGUGCUGUGGAGAAGCUCUCCAUCGAAGCUCUGGCCGCCCUGAGCGGAGACCUGAAGGGGAAGUACUACGCCCUGAAGAACAUGACGGAGGCUGAGCAGCAGCAGCUCAUCGAUGACCACUUCCUGUUUGACAAGCCAGUGUCUCCUCUGCUGCUGGCCUCAGGGAUGGGCCGUGACUGGCCCGACGCCAGGGGCAUCUGGCACAAUGACAACAAGACAUUCCUCGUGUGGGUGAAUGAGGAGGAUCACCUGCGUGUGAUCUCUAUGCAGAAAGGCGGCAACAUGAGGGAAGUCUUCACUCGCUUCUGCACCGGACUCACCAAGAUUGAGACCCUGUUCAAGGAGAGAGGCCAUGCGUUCAUGUGGAACGAGCACCUGGGCUACGUCCUCACCUGCCCAUCUAACCUGGGCACCGGCCUGCGUGCUGGUGUUCACGUCAAACUGCCCAACAUGAGCAAACACGCCAAGUUUGAGGAGGUUCUCAAGAAGCUGAGGCUCCAGAAACGUGGAACUGGUGGAGUGGACACAGCCGCUGUGGGUGGAGUGUUUGACAUCUCCAACGCCGACAGACUGGGCUUCUCUGAGGUGGAGCUGGUGCAGAUGGUGGUUGAUGGCGUCAAGCUGCUGGUGGACAUGGAGAAGAGGCUGGAGAAGGGCCAGUCCAUCGACGACCUCAUGCCCGCCCAGAAGUAA